UUUUUCUGAUAUGAAGCACUGGACCUGCAAACUGAUCGGCCUCCUUUGCAGUUAUACGGCCUGGGCUGUUGGUUUAAGUCUAGCAAGCAGCAGAUCCUGGCGUGUGUGGGAAUUCAAAAGCAAUGCUGUCCAGUUUGUGUUCAUUGGCCUAUGGGAAGCUUAUUAUUAUCAAAAGGUUAACAUCUCUGGUUCAAUGAUUGAGUUGCCAAUACACAGCAGUAUCAAUGCAAGUUGGAUCAUUUCACCUGAAUUUUACUAUGGGCAAGACCUGAUACUGUUGGCUAAUUUUAUGAAGUCAGUAGUUCUGAUUUUCAGUACAGAGGCCACUAUGGUUAGUUGGAUCAAAGACCCAUACCCAGAUUUCCUUCGAUCUUGUUAUAAUAUCUCUGUCUUCUUUCUUGUCCUCAGCAGUGCUUGUACAGUGGGUGCUGUGAGCUGGAACUAUUCUGUGGACUUUUAUGGCCACACCACCCUUGACUUUCCAGAUUCAUUUCCCAUUAAAAAAGAAGCCCUGACAAAGAAACACUUCUCCCAUGUGUUCCCACUGGGUAUCCUAACAUCCAGCCUCUCACUCUUUAUUGCCAUCAUGUUCCUGUAUGAAGCAUGUUCACUGAAACAGUGGAACAAAGUGCAACCUAUGGCUGUGCCCCAAAGUUCAGAAACGAUCUAAACUGAGGGCUUCUGUGUCUGAAAAGUCUGCCAAUUGUUUUC